AUGUUUACGGCUGGAUUCCGAUACACUGGUGACGGUGAUACCGUUCGUUGUGACAUAUGUAAAUUAGAAGUGUCUGGAUGGACUCAAGAUAUGGAGCCAAAGAUUGUACAUGCUGAACGUAGUCCUAACUGUUCAUUUGUUUGUUCUACAAUAUUAAAAUCUCUCAUGGAAUCGAAUGAUCAAGAAAAUCCUACAAAACGUCAAAAAACAGAAUUGAAUUCUGAUCAAUGUAAAUAUAAUUAUAAAUUUAUGGAAGUAAACAAACUCAAACAAAUACGUCGUCGAACAUUUUCUCAUUGGUCUCAUCAAAUAAAACCAUCUGUUGAACAAAUGAUCAAUGCUGGUUUUUUUUCAUGCAAUGUCGGUGAUCGUGUUAUAUGUGUAUAUUGUAAUUUAAUUUGUCAACAAUGGAAAGAAGAUAUUGAUAAUCCAUCUGAAGUACAUAAAACUCUUUCACCGAAAUGUCCAUAUGUUUUAUCAAUAUUAAUACCAUCAGAACGAUCUCCUACUACGAUUCUAAAUAAUCUAAAUGAUCAAACUUUUGGAUCAACUAAUACUGCACAACCUCAAUUUGAUCAAAUUAUUCGUAGAACACCUUAUAAUUCUACGUAUAGUGAUAUUACAAAACGUUUAGAAUCAUUUACAACAUGGUCUCAUGAAUCAUCACCAUCGAUAGAUGACCUAGUACGAGCUGGUUUCUAUUAUACAGGUACUAGAAAUAUUGUAACAUGUUUUUAUUGUAAUGGUUCAUUACAAAAUUGGAAUGUCAAUGAUAAUCCAUUAAUUGAACACGCUCGAUGGUUUCCGUAUUGUGGAUAUGCAAAACAAGUUUGUGGCGAUGAACUUUAUCAUAAAAUUCAAGAAGCAAAACAAGCUCAACAAGAGCGUAAUAGAGCUAAUCGAUCAAAUGAUGAGACAAGAGAAAAUGAUAAUUUAUUGGGUUCAAAUCAAUGUCAAUUACAAAUAAAUGAUCCUAAUAUAUUAUCACGUUUUGUUGCUGCUCGACUUGAUUUAUCGAAUUCACAAAAUUUACUUAAUCAAAACUUUAAAUUAUCAGUUAUAAAACGUUGUUGGGAAGAUCAAUUACAAUUAAAAAAAGAUGAUUUUGUUAACGAUAGUGAUCUAUUAGUAGCUUGUACUAUUCUACAAAAGCAAAUCGAUCAUAUCCAAGGUAACAAAGACAAUAUUAUUAUUCCUAGUGUUCAAAUGAACUUAAUUCAUGAGAGAAAACAAUCUAAUUUAUCAUCUUUACCAACAUCCUCAAAUAGUAACACUACCGAAGUAUUACAAAAUCAAUCAAUUUCUGAGACAUUGGAAAUUGAAUCGACAACAAAUAAAGAAAAUUCUACAGUAUCAGAAACAAGUUCUACAAAAGCUUCAUUAAUAACUAAUCCUUGUCUCAUCUGUCAUCAAGAUGAGAAACAACUCGCAUGUAUCCCGUGUGGUCACUUAACAACAUGUGUGCAAUGUAGUCGUACGCUUCGAACAUGUCCGACAUGUCGCAAACAAAUUGAAGCAUACGUUCGUGUCUAUGUUUAA